AAUGUACUGCAUAACUGAAGCUCUUUAUUCACUGAUUGUGGGUUGUGCGCUGUCUGCGUGAGUGAGUGGUCUUUGUCGGGUAGCUCUCUGUAUAAUAAAAAUUGUACUCUUCCAUUUCCACUUUCCUCUUUUUCCUUUCACCAAAACCCUCCGAAAUGGUCUAAAUUCUCCGGCGUAUUCUGCCACCGACACCUCUCACCGCCGCCGAUCGUGGGAAAACAAUGUUCUACUGAAGGAGGAUAUACGAUGUCAAGGAAAUGCUCAUUAUGUUUCAUCUCAUACCAGAAUGGAUAGGGGAAAUAAUCAAAUAUGGCAAGGGAGUUUCCGCCAUGGAAGAUACACAAUCCAUUGCAACAUUGAUGGAUUCCACAACAUCUAAGAUACAACAACUACAGAAAGCAUUCUCUGAGUUGGAAAGUCACCGCGCUGUUACUCUCAACCUGCAGUGGAAGCAACUUGAAGAGCACUUUCAUGGGCUUCAGAAGUCCUUGAAGAGGCGUUUCACGGAGCUGGAAGACCAAGAGAAGGAGUUUGAGACAAAAAUUGUUCGAUCUACAGUGAUGUUGGAGAAGCGCCAAGCAGCUGUUAUUGCUAAAGAGCAAGCUUCACUUCAAAGGCUCCAGGAGAAAAGAGAUGCAGCAGUUUCCGCUAUUGCAAUUGCUCUGGAGAAUCAUAGGAAACCUUGUUCUGUGGAACCAGCUGUUAUUAAUUGUGAAGAUCAAGAUGAGCCAUUUGUUCUGGAAGAAAAAACUGAUACUUCCAUUGAUAUUGGGCAUGUUACAGAGGAUACCUGGAAACCUUUUCAGGGUGGUGUUGUGGAAGUUAAGUCUUAUCCAGAGCUGGUGAAUCUAUGCCGAAAUAUGGAUGCUGAAGGCCUCCACAAAUUCAUAUCAGACAACCGUAAAAACCUGGCAGCUCUCAGGGAUGAGAUUCCACUUGCUUUAAGAGCUGCAACCAAUCCUGCCUCUCUGGUUCUGGACUCACUGAGCGGGUUUUACAACUCUGAUGUGUCAAUUUCUGAUGCUAAAAAAGAUGCUAAUCUUUUGGGACUCCGGCGAACUUGUAUUAUGUUGAUGGAAUGCCUUAGUACUUUAUUGAGCACCCUUGAAAUCGAUUCCAUUUCAAGUAUAAUAUCAGAAAAUAUAAAAGGACUUGCAAAAGCUAUCGCUGAGGAGUGGACCCCAAAGUUGGAUGAACUUGACGUUGAUGCAAAUAGUGGGAAUUCUUUGGAGGCUCAUGCAUUCUUACAGCUUCUUGCGACUUUCAGCGUUAAUUCCAAUUUUAACCAGGAAAAAUUAUCCAAGCUGAUACCCAUGGUUUCACGUCGUCGCCAAACAGCUGAUCUCUGUCGUUCCCUUGGAUUAUCUGACAGUAUGCCAGGUGUUAUUGAUGUGUUGAUAAGUAAUGGAAGACAUAUAGAUGCUGUUAAUCUAGCUUUUGCAUUUGAGCUGACAGAGCAGUUUCCUCCUGUUUCUCUACUGAAAUCCUACUUGAAUGAAGCUAGCAAAGCAUCUACACCUCUCAAUUCUGGAAAUGCAUCACCUACUGUGCAGAAUGAAGUCAAUGAGAAAGAGUUGUCUGCACUAAAGGCCGUAUUAAAAUGCAUUGAAGACCAUAAGCUUGAGGAGCAAUACCCUGUGGAUCCCCUUCAGAAAAGGGUUCUUCAGCUGGAGAAAGCGAAGGCAGACAAGAAAAAGGCAAAUGAAGUUGCAAAACCUCAAUCCAAAAGACCUCGUCCCAAUGGUGUCGGAAAUGGCCCCCGAGUUAAUAACGUCGUCGCUGAGAAGAACUUCUAUCCCAGAAUGACUGAUAGAUACCCGCAACCCGUUUAUGACGUACCGUAUGCUUAUCCUGGACCGACCAGCGCCCACGUUCCACCAUUCAUGGGUGCUCCUGCUUACAACUUCUCUCCUGGCCAUGACUUUUUUGGAAAUGGCUACCAUUACCAGGCUUCUUACCUGCACUAAAUCAGGAAACUUUGAUGAUUAUCCCUUUAACUAUUUAGUGUUUAACCUUGGAGUUUGCUUAAUUUGCUCGUGUGAGCAAAUUAAAUACUGAAUGUAGCCUUGUCAAUUUCUAAUCUGGUGUGAAAGCUGAUGUUUGAUCUUUGAAUAUAUGCACUGUCUUUCAUCUUUA